AACAAGAAAAGGUUUGAUAACAGAGAAAUAACAAGGGAUAACUAAUCUGUCGCCAGCUUUGUCGAGAUCACAUUAUCGUCGGCACCGUCUCUCCUCUCUUCCUUCGUCGCGACAGAUGUUGUGAGCAUCCGGGGGAGAUGUUUUUUGGUCUCCGUAUCUUUGAUCCGAUUUCUCUGUUCGAUCCACUCGACGGGUUGUUUCGAAAAGCGGCGCUUGGAUCUCUCGUGUCGGUGGAGAUCUUCUAGGGUUUCUAUUCGGCGGUCGAAGGCUGGUGCUUGGGUUUCUUCGCGAUCAGAGUUGUGGGCGGAUGAAAGUUUAUUGAUUCGGUAUUCGGUAGUGAGUGGUGCUCCUUUUGUUGGAUCCUCUUAUCAGAGGAGGAUUCGGAGUCCCGAUGAUGCGUGUGCGUGCUGGUUGGAGGUCUAGGAGUCGGUUUCCUUGUAAUGUAGGUCUUGAUGCCCAAGAAUAACGAUUUUUAGGGUUUUUUUUCUGUACGAAUUGGUGGCUUCGAUUGUUCUGAUCGUGUUUGGUCGGUGGCGGAGAGUCGUAGGGUGGAUUGCUGGUGAUUUAAAGGAGUAUUCUUUGGUACAACCUUGGAGAUCUGAGGAUUUUGCGUUGAGUUGAUUAGUGUGGGGUAUUUGUAUUGGAUCUUGAAUGAUGGAGCGUGUGAUAGGUGGAAAAUUUAAGCUUGGCAAAAAGAUUGGAAGUGGUUCUUUUGGCGAGCUCUAUUUGGGUAUUAACGUACAAAGCGGAGAGGAAGUAGCAGUAAAGCUCGAAUCAGUGAAGGCGAAGCAUCCUCAACUUCAUUAUGAGUCGAAGUUGUAUAUGCAUCUCCAAGGAGGAACUGGAAUCCCCCAUCUUAAGUGGUUUGGUGUGGAAGGAGAAUACAAUGUCAUGGUCAUUGAUCUUCUCGGACCUAGCCUAGAAGACUUGUUCAACUACUGUAACCGGAGGUUUUCACUGAAAACAGUCCUAAUGCUUGCUGAUCAAUUAAUUAACCGAGUUGAGUAUAUGCACUCAAAGGGGUUUCUUCACCGUGAUAUAAAGCCAGAUAACUUUCUUAUGGGCCUUGGUCGUAAAGCAAAUCAGGUUUAUAUCAUUGACUAUGGCCUUGCGAAGAAAUAUAGGGAUCUUCAAACUCAUAAGCACAUACCAUACAGGGAGAAUAAGAACCUGACCGGGACUGCACGGUAUGCAAGUGUUAAUACACAUCUUGGGGUUGAACAAAGCCGAAGAGAUGAUUUAGAAUCUCUUGGUUAUGUGCUAAUGUAUUUCUUAAGAGGAAGCCUUCCUUGGCAAGGGCUUAAAGCUGGCACUAAAAAGCAGAAGUAUGAUAAAAUUAGUGAAAAGAAAAUGCUUACUCCUGUAGAGGCACUUUGCAAGUCAUAUCCAUCAGAAUUUAUAUCCUAUUUCCACUACUGCCGAUCAUUGCGAUUCGAGGACAAGCCAGAUUAUUCAUACAUGAAGCGACUUUUCCGUGACCUAUUUAUUCGAGAAGGGUAUCAAUUUGAUUAUUUUUUUGACUGGACCAUUGUGAAGCAUCCUCAAAUUGGUGCCAGUCCUCGAAUACGGCAAUCAAGCGAUAGGACGAAUGGAGCUAUUGGUCCAUCGUUUGAUCGGGGAGAAAGAACUUCAGAGCUUCGCGAAAGAUUCUCAGGUGCAGUUGAGGCAUUUGCUAGAAGGAAUGCUUCAGGUUCUGCUCAUCAUUGUGAUCAUUCCAAGCACAAAACUUUAGACGAUGCCCUUAUGUCAUCCAAAGAUGCUGUUGACUCAGAAAAAACCCGGCCAAUGUAUCGCCAUGGGAGUACAUCAAAGAUGGCUGUCUUGUCGAGCUUCAGACCGGGUUCCACCGAACCUAGUGAGCCACAAAAUAGCAGAACAAGUAGAAUAUUUUCAAGCAGCAGCCGGCCAUUGAGUGGUCAAAGGAUUCAGCAGCCUGUGGUAGAUUCUAGGUCCUCAUCCAUGUCCCGAGCUGCGGUUGUCAGAGGAACCCGUAAUGAAUCUCUACUUCGUAGCUUAGAUCUCCUCUCUCUUGGUGCUGAGAAGAGGAAGUAAAGAAAGCUGGAGGUGCUGGCCUUCAUUUAGGGGAUGAGUUGUUUCACACAUCCCCAACUUCCUUGAGGAUUCCAUGCGUUUAUGAUGCAUUGUCCAUAUUUUAUGUUAAGCCUGAUGACCAUCCGAUGUAAUAUAGUGCCAAACUUGAUAACUAUGACAUUCAAUAAUUGAAGUCAAAGCCCCCGGUGACACCAGCUACAGGCAGUAGUAAGUUGCCCAAAAGCCAAGUCGACGUCAGUCGUGGGGUCCGAGCAUAUAACUCUUUACAGCA